UUUGUUUUGAUUUUUCAAGUAAGUGUUUGCACUUUAACCUGCUAUAGCAAUAAUUUAGUAAAGGAAUUUCUUUGUCCUUGAUUUCCAUUUUGUCAGCGAGCAGUGGCGCUUUAGCACACCACAUUAGCCGACAAGUUUGUUAUGGUUCUGUGUGGAAAGAGGCGUCGCGGAGUGAGGGCGGCGCAGCUGCUGCCGGAUGAAAGAGUGGUAUCGAUUUUCUGGGCCCGGUGCUGGGAGGGGCUGGCAUAGCUUAGGAUAUCGUUAGUGGAUGGUAUAACAUCUGUAUCUGCUUUAUUAUAAGUUUUGGAGCAUUUUCUACGCAUAACAUAGCUUUGUUGAGCUGUCGUCUCGUUGGGGAUUGACGAGUGAGAAAGGGCGGCGGGCAUCAAGACUGAAGAUCGGUCUGAUGAAUACGGGUCACCGAUUUGGCUUUGGAUUCAGUUGACAUGUGGGAUGACUUCCUGGACUGAGAGGAUGCAUCGGAGAGCCGCGACCUUCGGAACGGUGGUGACCUCCUGCGGUCAGCCGACGGUCCCCUACCCGCGACGACUGGAAAAAGUGAAGUUCGGCCUUCCGCUGGAUCAAGUAUGCAAGAACGACAUUCCUGGUCCUCUGCUGGUACUGAUUCUGAAGCUGAACAAGGAGGCGCCGUUCCGGAAAGAUGUGUUCCGGGCGCCGGGCCACCAGGCCAACAUGAAGAAACUGGUGCAUUUCCUACAGAACGGCCGGCUCGUCAACCUAGAUAAUUUUAGCAUAUACACGAUCGCGUCUGUUCUGAAGAAGUUCUUGCGGAAGAUUCCGGACGGCAUUUUCGGCCCGGAGAAUGAGCAGCAGCUGUUCCAGACGAUCGAGCUGGACGACCCCGAGCAGCAGCGGGACGACAUUCACAGGUUAAUCACCUCACUACCAGUAUACACCCAGCACCUACUGGUACUCCUUUUCGGCACGUUCCGAGUGAUCGCCACCAACGCCGAGCGCGCGCGCACCGGCAUGACCUCUGAGGCGCUGGGCGUGAGCGUGGCGCCCUCGUUCUUCCAGAGCUGCGUCAGCGACGGCCGAGAGGCGCGCCACGAGGACGUGCAGCGCUUCAAGGUGGCGAUGAGGAUCAUGAAGUUCCUCAUCGACAAUUUCGGCGUGAGUAACCUGUUCGGUCGGGACAACUACGAGUACUACGCGCGCAUUACGGGCCGCAUCCUCAAAGUGGAGGAGGACUGGAUCUUCAGCUUCCGCUACCCGCCCGAUAACGUCAUAUCACGGGUCCGCACGUUAGACGCUCAGCGGCAGUGGAUCGUUCAAGAGAUGGACCAUUUUGGCGUGCGGCUCAACCUGGAAGCGAUGUCGAUCCAGGAGGAGUGUCAGUCGACUCCUGCACUGCUGCACCUCCCGGAGGGCUCGGCGGCGGCGGCGGCGGCGGCCGGGGCGGGCGGCACUGACCCGGCCGGCGGACCCGUCCCAGAGAACACUCUCCGACAGAGCUACACGCGACUCAGUGUCAGUCUAGAGGAGAACGGGCUCUUCAAGGUGGCCUCCGGGCCCAGCUCGUCCGCCUCGAGCUGCACGCUGAAAAUGACCCUGGACGAACUCAGAGAUAUCAAUAAGUACGCAGAGAGCACGAAAAGCCUCUCGUUCCUGCCGCUGGUUCACGAGCGGCAGACGGCGCGCAUGCGCACUCGCUCCGAGUGGUUCCUCACGCCUCUGGAGCUCAGCCUGCGGGCGGGGGCGGCGGCGGCGGCGGCGGGGGCGGCGGGUGAGCCGGGCGCGGUGCCCGUGACGCCGCCCUCUGCGGGCGUGCUGCGGGGCGAGCGGCGAGCCAACACGGCGCCACGGCCGAGCCUGCCGACCGCAGGCGGUGGCGGCGCCAGCAGUGUCGACCGGGACAAGCGGCUGGUGCGGCGAUCCUCGAGCAAAGACAAGGAGCGCCGGCUGGUGCGCCGCUCCUCCAGCAAAAAGGACAAGGAGAACGGCGCGCAGCUGCGCCAGGCGCUGGCGGCCGCCGGGGGCGGGGGCGGCGUCGAGCCGGCCGCCGCCGACGAGUCGCCCCGCCGGCCGCUCUCCGAGCACGAGUGCAGCGAGACCAGCACGGUCGGACUGCACGUGUCGCUCACGUACAAACCGCGCAUCUGAGGGCCGCCGCCGCCGCUGCCGCUGCUGCUGCUGCACCGUUGCCCAUUCCAGCCGUCGAUUCCAUUGAGUCAGAGUACAAAGUGGGACUGCCUUGGGCGGCCGCCGCCGCCGCCGGCCGCUGCGGCUCGGGCCGCCGCCACUCCGCUUCUGUCGUUUUGUGAUUUGUGUUCCGACUCUUCCAUUUUUCUACAGGCGCUCGGGUGUGCCGGCGCCCAGACUGCGGGUCGGGUCGGGUCGGGGAGCGGUCACGGCCGCCGGGCUCGCUCACUCUCCGAUGGCACACACUCACGGCGCGGCGUGGCGCACCGCGCGCCGCACGGUUCGCACGGGCCGCCGGCUGGCCCGCUAUUCCACGACGCGAGUCUGUUUUAUACGUAUCCUAGCUUUAAUAUGUUAAUAUAUUCACACAGGUUUCUACACUGCCUCAGGGGCCAAGAUAAUAGUUAUGUCCGUAGGUGAGCGCCGACCCGCCGACGCGCGCGGUCGCCAAACGAACCAAAUGAGCCAGGAACCCCCCACCAGCGCCGCCCGACACAGAGCGCGCGCGCCACAUAUUGUCCCGCACCGACUGAUAUUGUGUUCUUGCCAUUGCCAUUGUCGCGCGCAGUUGUGUGCAAAGUGCAUGCUCGCUGUUAUUAUUUAUAUUUUGCGUAUUUAUAUUGUUACCAAAACGUUUCUAAUUUAUUAAAAUAGUUCGCUUCGUUUUGUGUGGGCCGUGCAUCUUUGGUAUAUUUUGUACUCUGCUCCGUGACGGUUUCUUAAUAAAUAUUAUACGUUUUUGUA